UUGUGCAUUUCGUUGAAGUGUAGCUAGCAGUGCUUUUGGUAAACGCAAUUUCCCAGCGGUUGUUAUUAUUUAGUUGGUUUGUUUUUGCAGUUGACUUAUUUCACUGCAAGUGCAAUUUAAUUAAGUUUUGUCCAAGUGAUAAAAAAAGUCAUAAAAAAUAUAGAAUUUUAGUUUAUCAAUGUGAAUAAUAAAUAGAUAAGUGCAGACGACAUACACAACGCCAGCGUUACCUGGAGGAUGAGUGCGGGUUGGCUAUUGUGUAUAAAGUUUACGUUUUAAACCAGACUAAACACUUCGUGAAUAAAAAGCAGUGGAGGUGGUGGAUAUGAAUUUGUGCAUUUCCAUUGAAGAUCAAAAAUUCUUUAAGCGAAAAUAAAAAGAGCAUCAGCAAAUAUGAGUAACGAAGGGGCAUUAGGUUCACCAAAUGGGUUCAUGGCACCCAACGCUAUGUUUGAGGAUAUGCAUAGUCCAAAGACAGAUUAUUCAAGCAUACGUGGAAAAGUAGUGCUCGUUAGUCCCACAGAGGAGCAAUACGAGUUGCUAAAGAAACGUUUGGAGGAGCGCACAUUUGACAGUGGUGGAGAAACUAUAUAUGAAAUUGGUGUAGGAGAAGAUGGCAGUGACAGUGGUCUCGUUGAGGAUGAAUACCAAGCCUCCGUUGCCACACUGCAAUCACUUGCCACCACAAUUGACGCUGAUAUGGUACUUCUGAGACAGCGUAAAGGUGAAAUGGGCAUCACAGGGCAGUACCUAAUAAGGAAACGUGUCGACACAUCUGAUUUUAUGGAAAUACGUGUUGCAGUUGUUGGUAAUGUAGACGCAGGCAAAUCUACUCUGUUGGGUGUACUUACACAUGGGGAAUUAGACAAUGGCCGCGGACAUGCAAGACAGAGGCUUUUUAGGCAUAAACACGAAAUGGAAAGUGGGCGUACUAGUUCUGUUGGAAAUGAUAUCUUGGGAUUUGACAGUAUUGGUAAUGUGGUCAAUAAACCAGAUCAUGGUACACUCGAUUGGGUCAAGAUUUGUGAAAAAUCAGCUAAAGUUAUAACAUUCAUUGAUUUAGCCGGACAUGAACGCUACUUGAAAACAACAGUUUUUGGCAUGACUGGUCAUGCCCCAGAUUUUGGAAUGCUAAUGAUUGGCGCAAAUGCAGGCAUUGUUGGCAUGACUAAAGAGCAUCUUGGUUUAGCGCUAGCAUUAUCUGUACCAGUUUUUGUUGUUGUCACAAAAAUAGACAUGUGUCCUCCAAACGUGCUCCAAGACAAUCUUAAAUUAUUGUUUAAAAUUCUGAAAUCCCAAGGUUGUCGCAAAGUACCAGUUAUGGUCAAAACACCUGAUGAGGUUGUGCUAAGUGCAACCAAUUUUGUUUCUGAACGAUUAUGUCCAAUAUUUCAAGUUUCCAAUGUUACCGGAGAGAAUUUAAAUCUACUCAAAAUGUUCUUGAAUCUGCUAACAGCACGUAUGUCUGGGCAAGGCGAUCAACCAGCUGAAUUUCAAAUUGACGAUACAUACUCAGUACCAGGUGUGGGCACUGUUGUAUCGGGUACUUGCCUACAGGGUUUGAUAAAGCUUAAUGAUAUACUGAUGUUGGGUCCAGACCCUUUAGGCAACUUUACACCCAUAGCUGUGAAAAGUAUACAUCGGAAACGUAUGAAUGUAAAAGAGGUACGUGGCGGCCAGACUGCAAGUUUUGCGCUCAAGAAAAUUAAACGAUCUCAAAUUCGUAAAGGAAUGGUUAUGGUUAGUCCAGAGCUUAAGCCACAAGCUUGCUGGGAGUUCGAGGGUGAAAUUCUCGUACUUCACCACCCCACAACUAUAUCAUCACGCUACCAAGCUAUGGUGCACUGUGGCAGUAUACGUCAAACUGCUUCCAUUGUUAAUAUGUCUAAAGAAUGUUUGAGAACUGGUGAUAAAGCACACGUCAAAUUUAGGUUCAUCAAACAUCCAGAAUAUAUUCGUCCUGGGCAACGUAUGGUAUUCCGUGAAGGCCGUACGAAAGCUGUUGGUAAUGUCCUCAAACCAAUCACAAACUCCGUUGCUAUACAUCACCGAGCUAAACCUAACAAAAUGCAAUCACGUGGCACUGGUCAAGGAAGUUCGCAUUCACAAAAUCAAAACCAAAGUCCAAAUGUACAAGCGGCAACUGCAAAGCAAGUAUCAACAACACCUGCCGAGGGAGUCUUAGAAGCUAGCGUUGAUAAACGUGACAAUCGUUCUGGCAAACGUACAAAACGUAAUUAUUCACAUAACACCAAUGGUGCGGCAGGAAAUACAAGUACGGCAAAUCCAGCUGGUGCCGCUGGAAACAUAAAGAAUGACCAACCACAAGCAAACAGUUCACAUAUCAGCAAAGCGCAGUGAAUUCGCUUUUAAGUAAUUGACAAAAGUAAAGUAAAGAAAAGUAAUAUUUUUGGACGAAUAGGCAUAGGCAUUAAAUAUUAAUUUCAAUAAAUUAUAUGAUCUAUGUGUGUUUAAUUUCUUUCCUACAUAAAAGACUAUGUAAUACAUGUAAAAAUUUGAUUUAAUAAAUU